AUGGAUCUCAGCCUGCAGAAGAAAAGAAUGUCGGAAAACGUUGUGGGUUUGGAAAAGGAAGUUUCGGAAUUGAAACUCGCGGCUCGUCAAACGGCGACGCUCAACAGUCAACUUAAAAAAGCCAUGAAACACUUGGCGACGUGCAGGAGGAAAAAAUGUUCGGUGUGCGCGUACACGAAAGCAUCGUUCGGAGAAUACGCCGGACGUAACGACAAGAAAUUGUUCGCUUGCUUUCAAUCUCCGUUUCAAGAUUUGAGAAAUUGGAUGAGGCCCGUUCCCGGACAGUUGGAUCCACUGGACAAAUGCCUACCGGAUUUCGAAUAUCCGUCAUCUUGUUUGGAUAAGAGUUUGGACACGUGUCCGGGACUCGAUCAGCAACCCUCGCCCUAUCACUCGGUCAGGUCAGAUUAUUCCUUCCGACGCACGUAUUCGCUGGGCCGAGGAGGUACUUGCAUGUCCUCUCCCAGCCCGUGUCCGAGCCUUCCACUUUCUUGCUUAACAAAUCCGCACAUCAGUUACAUUGACGAAACGAGCACGGUGUCGGAAUCGAGCAGCGAUUCGGGUCAGGGAGAAGAAUCGUACAACAUUCCUCCCUGCGCGGGAGAAAGUUCGUACAACGUGUCUGCGUGCACAGCUUUCUCAUCGGAUUCGGGAUUCUCGUCGGAAUUAUACGAUCCCAAGCAGCAAACGGUCACGAGUAGUAGCGGAAGCACCAACAGCACGACGGGUGCCAAAUGCAAAUUGGAAAGAUCAAAAUGGACGGCAUCUUUUCGUAAGCUCAUUAACAGGGUAUCGAGAAAGCCAAGCUCAGGAUCGGAACUCACCUAA